AAGAGCGCUCUGCGGACUGCGGGAAAUGUAAGUUGUAAUACAAAUACUUAUUGAGAGGGAUUUGUUUGUACAUUCAGUUCAUACUUUAUGCAGUCCAUAAGCUAAAAAUAAAUAUUAUUUUAUUUUGAUCUAAAAAACGUAAUGGACAGAGAAAAAGGGAAAAAAUCCGACAAUAAAAAUCCAAAUGAACCAGAAGUCACUGCAGUAUCGCGAUCUGGGAGAAUUAUAAAAAAAUCUUCAAAAUUACUUGGAUUUCAAUCAUCUGACAUUUCAGAAGAAAAAGAUAAGACCCCUAAAACUUCAAGACAAAGUGUAAAACGUAAUUCAGCUAACCAUGAUGCUGUCGAUCAAUUUAAUGAUGAUGACAAUAGCAUGGAGUUUUUAGAAGAACAACAACACACUGAAAGUAGUGAAUGGACUGUAGAUACCAAUGCGUAUGAAUACAUUGAACCAAGUGGCACCUCUGUUGCAGUUGGAGAACACAAUCAAUUCAUGUAUGCAUUAAAAAAUUUGAAUAUGAAAGAACCAGGAUUUGUAGCUUAUGCUUUAUGGGCAAAAGAAGUUCGUAAGACGUUGAUAAAUGCAUACCCCAAUUUUAGUUCAUCUCAAAUUAGUCAGCAGCUACGAGAUAUGUGGAAAUCAGUACCAACUGAAGAUAAAAGUCGUUGGGUACGUAAGGCAAAGCGAAUUCUGGAUCGCGAAGGUAUAGAUAGUGGCAGUUCCACCGAUUCUAAAGCCAUAACAAAGAAGUCCGACAAAGAUAAUGCAGACCAUUUAGCCGACAAUAAGAACAAAAGUAAAAUUGAUUUAUUUAGAUCAACACAGCCAAUAGAUGUAGCUGCUCAUUUAGCAUUACUUGGUGAAUCGUUAGGCAUCAUUGGACAACGUUUAAAAGAACAUCAAGGACAAAUAGCUGUAAAUGGUAGUGUUUCAGUACUGCUUGAUUCACUUUUGUGUGCUUUGGGACCGUUGCUUUGUCUGACUCAACAAGUGACAGAAAUUAAUGUCAAUUCACAAGAAACCAUGUCUAAACUUAUGGACGACAUUGCCUACAUAAUGCCAGGAUUAUAAUAAUGUUACAUCAACCUCUGUGUUUUUAUCUGUUUUCAUUUAAACGGAUAAAAACACACAUUUUUAUACUUUGUAAAUUACUUUACAUCACUCACAAAACUGCCUCUAUAGUUAAAAUAAGAAGCUCUGAAGUGUAUAUGCUUUGAUUUUCUAUAGACUUAAUAGGUAAAAGUGUGAGCAUUUGGGGAUUACGACGAGUCACUAUAUCAAAAAUAAUAUAUUUAUAUACCAACCAGUUGUUUUACAUACAUAUAUAUAUAUUUUUUUUAAAGUGAAUGAGGUAUUUUAAUUAUGUCAAUAACUUACAAGUAAUAUCUUGCACCAUAGAAUGAUCUCUUAUACAACAUCCCUUCAUUGUGCUAGAUUUUGUUACCCUAUUUUCCACAAAAACAGUAUUAUCUAUACUUUUUUUUUAAUUGAACAAAUAAUGUUAAUAGAUGUUUCUACUUAAUAAAACUUUUUAAAAAUAAUUUCGCUGCUCUGAAAGUAAGAAAAUAUAAGUUUUGUUUUUUCAUUGCGGCAUCAAUAUUUUUAUAAAUUAAAGCCCCUGACCUCGAGCUUUAAGUCUACUUAU